AUAAGACAUCAAUCACAAAUACUUCUCCACCCUCCACUGCUUCAUCAGAAUAUGCCCCAGCCCCCACGGAUUGCCGCCAAAAAUAGUCGUACAAAAAGCUAAAAAGCGCUGAAAGUUUAUGUCUCGCGCCUAUCACGGAGCACCAUCGCAGCAAAACUACCUUAAUAUUAUCUUCUCUCAGUUCCAAUUUGCAUCUCUAAAGUUUCUGCAUUCGGCAGAAGAAUGGAAUCUUUGAUUGAUAAAGUGGACGCAAGCAAGUGGGAGGAGAUAGACGCCAGCAAAGUUGACGGUUUGGUCGACUACCAUAUCAUGCGAAAUUUUAAAAACCUUGAUGACCAUACAAUAGAAUUCCUCAUUCAAGCCAAUGACGAUUCAGAUACAGUGAAGGCAACCUGCACACAUCUUCUGAAGGGCAAAAACCCUAUGCAGGGUAUCGGUUCGUGCGAAAUGAAAGUUGUUAAUGAUGCAAUCCUCGCUAUCAACCUUAACGGAGAUUGUAUUGUGCUAAAAUAAUAAAAUCACAAUUCAGCUAACAACAACGCUAUUCGCUGCUUUCGUAGAGGAUGCAUUAUUUUCUACUUAUUUAUAAUGCUAUUUCUUCCAUGUUCAUUUUAAAACUUUUGAAAUAAUCCAUUAUCCUUUAACUUCGACAUUAUUUUGAAAUUAAACCAACUUUAAGAGAACAAAACCUGUUUUUGCUUCACUAACUACCACUAACAAGCAGGGUAAACAACAAUACUGUAACAUGAAAAAGUCCACUAACAUGAACUUUCAGAUAUUUUGGUUUAUUGCACAUUGUGACAAUCAACUAAAUUAAUAAAACAUUUUUUAAAUGAUA